ACUACUCAGUUCCUGCGAUCACCGAAUACAGAGGAGCCGCCUUUGCUUCUUCCGUAACGAUAAGGGGGAGGAGAACAGAGUUCAGAACACAGACAAGAUGUCGUAUUUAAGGUUAAAGGGAAGCAAAUGCCUAAGGCAGCGUCUCCUUUUAUCAACACUUUCUUCCACUCCUGUCCUUAUUGAGGACAUUCGUGCGGAAGACUCCUUUCCUGGUCUCCGCCCCCAUGAAGUUUCUCUUUUACGUCUCCUUGAGAUGAUCUGCGAUGAUUGUGUUGUUGAAAUCAAUGAAACUGGUACGAAACUAAAGUACAAGCCUGGUAUUGUGAUGGGUGGGAAACACCUUGUACAUGACUGUGGUCUAAGCCGGUCCAUUGGUUAUUUCUUGGAGCCACUGAUUGUUCUCGGAUUGUUUGGGAAGAAGCCUCUUUCCAUAAGACUAAAAGGGAUUACAAACAAUUCGAAAGAUCCAUCUGUGGAUACAUUCAGAACAACCACCUUGCCAUUGCUCAAGCGGUUCGGGGUUCCUGCAGAAGGAUUAGAUUUGAAAGUCGAGGCUCGUGGGGUUCCUCCCUAUGGAGGUGGAGAGGUUCUUUUGUCAGUUCCAAUGGUUGAACAUAGUCUUAAGGCAGUAAGCUGGACCGAUGAAGGGAUGGUGAAGAGGAUUAGGGGAACUAGUUUCUCAGCAAGAGUGUCAGUUCAGUUUGAGAAUACAAUGAUUCAUGCAGCUCGUGGAAUUUUCAACCGUCUGCUUCCAGAUGUUCACAUAUUUACAGAUCAUAAAGCUGGAGCACAAUCUGGAAAGUCGCCUGGUUAUGGAAUUUCAUUGGUUGCAGAAACCACAUCCAACUGUUUCAUAUCUGUUGACACUACAAUCUCUUACUCGAGAAAUGAAGGUGUAAAUAUGGAUGAAGAUAGGAUAGAGCUGACACCCCCUGUUGAUGUUGGCGAACAAAUUGCAUCUGCUUUGCUGAGUGAGAUUUCACAAGGGGGAGUGGUGGAUUCGACACACCAGGGAUUGCUGUUUCUCCUUUGCGCAUUAUGCCCUCCGGAUGUUUCAAAGGUUAGGGUUGGGAAACUAUCCCCAUAUGGAAUAGAAACUCUGAGGAGCGUUAAAGAAUUUCUGGGAGUGGUAUUCGAUAUUAAGCCGGAUCCUUCAACGGCCACUGUUGUAUUGAAGUGUGUGGGAAGUGGAUUCAAGAACUUGUCUAGAAAGAUAUCAUAAAUGAGAUUAAGUUUUGCCUGUCAGUGAAAUGUUUGUUGCUUUGAGGAAACAAAAUGUUGAUUAGUUUUGAUUUUGGGUUGUAAGAUAGAUAUAUAUCAUUAGUAAAUUUUGAUCUUUUGAAA